AUGCAUGUGGUCGUGCUGUCCCGUGUGCGGAGCUUGUUGACUACGGUGAAUCGACCUAACCUGCUCUGGGGAGAAGCGUUUCGUUUCGCGGAGGAGGUACUCAAUAUUAGUCGAAGUGCUGCGCUUGGCGGAGAGUCACCGUACACUCGACGUUUUGGAGAGCGGCCAGACCUGUCCAGCCUGAGGACGAAGAACAAAUUAGAUAAUCCUGGACAGCCUGGACUCUUCCUCGCGUACGGCAAGGAGUCAAUAAUCUACCGCGUUCUAGAUUUGAAGACUGGAAAGAUGAAGGAACUUAGGCCGGUUGAAUUUGCUGAGAACUGGACUGUGGGGUACAGUUAUGUUGGAAAACUUCUGCUCGAAUGA